AUUUCUUAUUUUCCCCCCCUUUUUUUUUUGUUGUUUUAAAUUAAUACUAGACUAGUGUCAAAUCCCUUUUUCACAUGAAUGAAUGAAUUUCUUCAUCUAUUACUUCCUUCUCUUCUGUCCAGUGCCAACUGAUUUCAACCUCAACUCCCUCCUCAUGUUUGUUUUACUACUCCAUAUAAUUGCAUGCUAUCCCACAUCCCUUUCUGUCCCACCUCCUUCCCGGACUAGCUCUUCACUUGCGCAUACCAUACCAUUCUCCUUUAUACCAAAUUUCAGUGAUAAUGAUACGCUCUUCUUCAACUUGCCUUUCUACAUAUUCAUACACUAACAUUAAGCAGAUUAUUUAACGCUGAUGCUUUUGAGUACAGUCCCCCACAACAAGGAGCUGAUUUGCCAACCUGGGAAUAACUUUGGACAGAAAAGCACAUUGAAGGAGAUCCUUUGCUGGAAAGAAUAUGAGUUGUUUUAGCUGUUGCCAAGAGGAUGAGAUCAACAAACAUGCUGAUGGUGGAGGCGAGUACACAGUAAAAAAUUCAGCUGGUAAUUCAACAGCCCCUAUAGUUAGUGGUUCAUCUGCAUCAAAAGCUCAAGCUGUGAAAGUCCAGCCCAUUGCAGUUCCCUCAAUUCCAGUGGAUGAACUCAAGGAAGUUACAAGUAACUUUAGCACAGAUUCCUUAAUAGGGGAAGGCUCGUAUGGAAGAGUGUAUUAUGGAGUUCUUAAGAAUGACCGAGCUGCAGCUAUAAAGAAAUUGGAUACAAGCAAACAACCAGAUGACGAAUUCUUAGCUCAGGUGUCAAUGGUUUCAAGGCUAAAACACGAAAACUUUGUGGAACUACUUGGUUAUUGUGCCGAUGGAAAUCAACGUAUUCUUGCAUAUGAAUUUGCGUCUAAUGGAUCUCUUCACGAUAUUCUUCAUGGAAGAAAAGGCGUUAAAGGAGCACAACCUGGUCCAGUUCUUUCUUGGGCUCAACGCGUGAAAAUUGCUGUUGCAGCUGCUAAGGGCCUUGAAUAUCUUCAUGAAAAAGCAGAGCCUCACAUCGUCCACCGUGAUAUUAAGUCCAGCAAUGUACUAAUAUUUGAUGAUGAUGUAGCUAAGAUUGCUGACUUUGAUUUAUCAAAUCAAGCUCCUGAUAUGGCAGCACGUCUUCACUCAACUCGCGUCCUUGGGACGUUUGGGUAUCACGCUCCAGAAUACGCAAUGACUGGACAGCUGAACUCAAAGAGUGACGUAUACAGCUUCGGUGUUGUCCUUCUGGAGCUUCUCACUGGGCGCAAACCUGUUGAUCACACAUUACCUCGUGGACAGCAAAGUUUAGUGACAUGGGCUACACCAAAACUGAGUGAAGAUAAGGUCCGGCAAUGUGUUGACAGUAGACUGGGAGUAGAUUACCCACCUAAGGCUGUUGCUAAGAUGGCUGCUGUUGCCGCUUUAUGUGUACAAUAUGAAGCUGAUUUUCGGCCAAACAUGAGCAUUGUAGUCAAAGCACUCCAGCCCCUUCUAAAUACUCGUCCAGGACCAGCUGAUGAAAAUGGUGGCCUAACAUGAGAGGUGGAUUGAAGCUACAUCCCGUUGAGCAGGAGAGUCGAUAAAUGUUGCCAAGAGAAAUUCCGUCUACCCAAAUUAUAAUGAAGGAAUCAGCGUGGUCCUCAUUGUUUAUAUAAUGUAUGAUUAUUUGUAUUCAUGGACAGUAGAGGCGCUGAUGCAUAUAACAUUUGAUUGAACAACUUUUUGGUUGGUCAUAUGGGUGUAAUUAAUAAUCAAGUUUUGUA